GUAGCAGUGCCCCCUUUGCCUGUGUGAGCCAGAGGGGGACGGUUCUCUCCCGAGUAGCCCAGCAUACAUGGAUCAAACGCUGGCUGACUUUCACCUUCAGCAGCCAUCCGUGCCGAGGUACUGUACCAGCAUCACGAACAUGCUGUGGGCUGAAGAGUGGCAUUGCCUGUGAGGGGUGUGAUGCAUUGUGGGGGUUGUAGGCCAGGAGCUCUUGCUCCUAUGCUCUUGGUUUUGGUCCUCCACACCUCUACCUUGGCAUGGACAGGAGCGAUUGAACAUGGCCCUCGAAUCGACGGGAAGCGCCGCUCCACAGUCACGUUGCAGGAGAACAACACGCGGCAGUUCAACUGCCAGACAGACGGCUGGAACUCCAAAGCCCCGCCCCUGCUCACCUGGUACCUGAACGGGCAGCGCCAGAAGCAGCCGGCGAAGGAGGGCCCGGAGCGGCUGGUGGUCAAGGUGCCGGGGCAGUCGUGGGUCCAGAGGAAGAACCCCCGGCGCAACAGCACCUUCUCUCUGAAAGCGCGGCGAUGGGACAGAGAGCUGGUGUGUGCCACCUCCAACCCGGCCAGUGGGGAGAGCUACAACGCCACGGUCGUGCUCAAUGUGCAGUUCCAGCCUGAGAUUCUGCGGGUGAAUGCCCACUACAGCGACACGUCCGAUCCCGGGCUCUCUCUGGUGCUCUUCGCUCUGGUGCGCUCCAACCCCCCCGCCACCAUCACCUGGGUGGACCAGUCCGGCCAGCAGGUGGCCAACACCUCCGACUUCCUCAUCCUGGACUCGGAGAGCUACCCCUGGCUGUCCAAUCACACGCUGCGGGUCGCCCAGAGUAGCCUGGCGGGCAAAGUGUCCGUGAACGCCAACAACAGUGUGGGCGCUGCGCAGAGCAACCUCACCCUCUCCGAGUUCCUGCAGUCCCGCGUGGAGGUGCCAGUGUUGGGCAUUGUGACGGGAGGAGUCCUCGGCUUCGUCACCCUCCUCAUCCUCACUCUCAUAGUGCUCUGUCUGCUCCACAAAGGAAAAGAGGAGCCAGUGGAGCUAACGCUAUCCACAAAAUGCACGGACUCAUCUAAAGUGCCGGUUGAUGGAGUGUAUCUGCCCCGGGAGAACAUGUCCCUGCCCUCUCACGUGCAGCUCAACGACAUGAGCUCUCUGUGUAAGGUGCGCCAGGACAACAAGCCCAACCCAGGGGGGAAGAAGGGUGAUGAAGAGGAGGACCUGUCUGAAGCCUAUGCAGCCAGAGGUUUUGCCAGGUAUCCAAUGGUUGGAUACAUCUACAAGGUGAACAGCGUCAGCAGUGAAGAGAUCUGGCUCUGAUGUCCAGCUCCAGAAGCAGUAAACUCACCUCGCCUCAUCUUCAUCCUCAUCAUCGCCAGUCUCUUCUUCAUCAAGUGUCCAUUCCGGUCCAGUACAGAGUCCAGUACAUGCAUCCCUGAAGAAGAUGGUCACUGGUACGUCACACAGGUUAUACACAACCAGUAACAGCAAUAACAAAACACACACACACACACA